GACCCACGCAAUGUUCACGGAUACAUUAUUGGUGAGCACGGAGAUUCUUCCAUCCCUGUAUGGUCUUCGGUCCGUGUCGGUGCUCUCCCUUUGUUGGACCCUGGUCAGGAACCCGAUGAUACACUCAAGGCCAUUCACAAGGCGGUUGUGGACUCGGCCUAUGAUGUCAUUAACCUCAAGGGAUACACCAACUGGGCUAUUGGCAUGUCCACGGCGUAUUUGGCCAAAGCCGUCCUCAAUGACACUCGUACCAUCGUCCCCGUCUCUACCUGUGUCCGUGGGCUUUACGGUGUCGAAGACGAUGUCUUCCUCUCGGUUCCCUGCAGUCUCUCCAGCAAUGGAGUACAGGCAAGUGUCGAAAUGUCUUCGCCACUCACCAAGGACGAAGAGGCCAUCUUCCAAAAGUGUGCCAAGGGUAUCUGGGAGGUCCAAGAGCCCAUUUGGGCUACCCUCUAG